CAUGCGGGCUCAUCGUUUGUUGAAAAAUUUCGUGGAUUUCUACAAGUUCGUCCCCCGAGAAUAGAUCAAAAAAAAUAUUUUUUCUUUUAUUUGAAAAUAUAAACGUUUGUUAACGUUUAUGAAAAAAAAAAAUUCAUCCAGAUUCCACUCGAAGAAAUAUUUCGCGAUUAAUUACGAGUCGAUCCCUUUGCACGGUGCUCUGGACGUUGUGGCCGCCUCGACCGCGUCGAUAAUCUGCGUGAGCGUGUUGAAAAAGAAAUGCCAACAAUCGGAUCUCUACCAAGACAUGUCCCCUUGCGUUCGGUGUCAAGAUUUUGACGUUUUACCGGACGAGGUGGUUCGCAAAAUGGACGUGAUUCUGUUGUGUCUGCAAAACCCUAAUGACAUCGAGAACAUCAUAUGCCGGAUAAAGGACGUGUUGUAUAUUUUGGAAAGGUUGACGCCGUGCAGGAUGUCGGAGAAAAUUCACACUUUGUCGCUUCUCCUCAAGGAAAUAGUGAAGAGGCUCGUUUGCUCUGUCCAAGGUUUGGAAGAAUCGUUCGACAAUACGCAAACCAAGAUGACACUGAACCUCGUGAACAACUUUAUUCGGGACUGGAGCGAGAAAAGAUCUAAAUCCUACCCUUCUCUCAGGAUAUGCAGAUUCUGCGACCGCGCAAUCACUGAAACGACUCGACAAUGGGGGACAUUUUGCUGCGAGGAGGCGUUCAAGUUCAACAACAUCCGGAUCGAGUGGGUCCUCCGUCAAUCGAUAUCGGACUCGAGCAAAAAGACGGGGGACACGGGCCCGUGGAAGGAUCCUAGGAGCCUGAGGGAGGAGGAGCAAUUCUUGGACACGGAGGAGGAGGGGGUCCGGUACUCGGCCGGAACCGAGGAGGAGGCGAGCGACAAACGGGGGAGGAGGGGACCGAGGGCGACGGCGAAUCUACCCCUGAGGAUAGACUCUGAGGGGGAGAAGAAGAAGGUGACUUAUAAAUUGAACAAAGAGGAGAUCGAGGAGUUGAAGAAGAAGAAAAAGGUUGAAAUCAAGGAGGACGAGAAAAUAUUGACGGAGGACGAGAAAUCGAUCAUCGAAUUGGUGAAGAAGGAGAGGGAGAAAGAAAUCGAUUUCAUCAGGGUGAAGGAGUACGUGAAGCCGAUCGAAUUCCCUUACAAGAAGGUGGUGAAAGUGUACGAGAAGCCGAUCGAGGAAACCACGAUCAAGUACCAAUUAUCAAACCCGUUGUUCGUGAAGCUCGGCUGGACCAUGCUCCCCGUUUCGAAAAUCAUGAGGAAAGUUAUCGAGUAUCAAACGAAUCCUGCCAAACCUCAUCUCGAUUGGUUCAAGAAAUACAGGCUCGAAAGAAGACUGUAUUACAAUGACAAGCGCAUCUUUAUGAAUUUCUCCGGCGCAAGAUCGGCGGAAAUAUAUUAUCCGAACGGGAGCCUUGCCAUUAAAUUCAGCAGGCCGCCGGAGCGAGAAUACGAUAUGUAUACUGUAUUCAGCCCAGGAGGCAAAGAUUUCAUGGGCGUGAAGAGGAGGCCCCAGAUCAUCGCUGUAUUCGACACGAUGGGGAACGGCGCCGUGUUCGACGAGGAAGGAAGGACGAGGGUUUCGUUCAAUCAGAUCGGGGGUGUUUGGAAGGAUAAUCCGACCAGGAUCCCCCUCACGUGGAGAUGGGACAUAUUCGAGAGGACGCCGAUACUGGAGAACGUGUACGUGGAGAAAUCCGCGGCCCAUUUGGAGAAAUAUUUCUACCCGCCGACGAUGAAGGUGUUCAGGAGCAACAAAGCGUCCACGCCGUCACUGGUUUCGCGAAAGGAGAAGAGGGUGGAGUACGUGAAACCUGUUUUCGAGGAGGAGUACGAGGAGGAGGAGGAGGAGGAGGAGAAGGUGCAGGAGGUCGAGUCCGAGCAAAUUUACUCGAGCGAUGCUUGCUACUUGAAACCGAUCUUCGUGCAAAUGAACGAUUACAUCAGUUUGAAAAUUUUGAAUCGGCGCACCGUCACCCUUCGAUUCCUUGCCAACACGAAAAACGUCAGAAUAGAGCUCGGCACGAUCUUAAAUUUAACCAAGCAAGUGGGAUUCUACUUCGUGGAUAUGAGGGUGAAAUUUAGUUUGCUGAAAUGCAAGUUCGACGAUCCGAUCCACAUAAGGCCCGACAGCAGCGUGUACAACAUAUACAAGGAAUUGGAAAAAAUCAAAAAAAUGGCCAAGCAACGGGAGCUCAUGAUGGAGAAGUACAGACCAUACUUGCAUACUUGGAAAAUGAUGGGGACCAGAUGUCGUCCCCGAUAAUUUCACGUCCGUUUCCCUCCAAUUCCCUCGAGACUGUCCUUGUUUUUUCUCUUUGACGAAAAUAAAUAAGAUA